AUGAGUAGUAUUUCCAUAGCCGUAGGUUGUGCUGUCGGUAUUCCUGUGGGUGUUGGUGUAAUAGUGGCCUGUGCAUUUUGGAUAAGGUUACAGAAAAGAUUCAAAGAUGAAUUCGUUGCUGAUGCAGAUGUGGAGAAUCCUGCUCAUAGUGAUGCAGAAGUACUGAACUUCAAUAAUUUGAGUUCUUUGGAAGUAAAGCAGGGAAGUGUGGAUCGCGAUAAUAAGGUAAAUAAUAACUAUAUUCCUGCAUAUCGUAAGAAAAUGAGAUCUCUGCGGUUAAAUGAACACCAGCGUCCUAAUCUCGAGAGAUCAGACAUUUCUAGUUCUGCUACACCAACUGGUGCAACGAACCAUGAUGCUAGCUCCAUUACCUCUUUUUCAAACUCCUCAAUAAACAAAUUCAAGCCAAGUAUAUAUGACCAAAUGAUCCCGGUUCUUGAUGACACUAAAUCAGGAUUCUUUUCUGAAAAAGCAUCUACACUCUCUUUGCACACAAACGCAAACAAUAAAAAUGAAACAUUAAUGAAAAAUAUAUCCGCAGAUGACCUAGAUCUAGGCUCCUACUAUCCAAGACGUCCAUCUUCUAACUUAAGCAAGCUAAAUUUAGCAAAUCAUUCAAAUCCAUCAUUCCAUACAAGAACUUCAUCUAUGACAUCAUUGUCAAAACCUUCAAAUAAUAUACCUAACGUGUUUGCUACUCCAAAAACUACUGAUACAAACGACGUCACUGAUACAUAUUAUCUCAAAAAUAAUUAUAACAUUGAUGAUGAAAAUCAAAUAACGGAAGAAGAUCAAUAUGAAAAUGAGUUCACUAACUAUUCUGAAAACAAAAGACAAUUUAUCGAUUCUUUAAAACCAAAAUAA